UCGGAAUUUCCGCCUUCUAAUGUGACGGAGACAGUGAAGAGCAUUGCUGACAUAUUGAAAAGAAGAAAAGAGACCGUUUCCGUGUCUGAAGCUGCUUGUGGUGGUUUACUCUCUGCUUACUUGGUUUCUGUUCCAGGUGCUUCUGAAUGGUUUCACGGUGGUACAUUGGUUUAUAGUCUGAAAUCUAGACUGAAACUAUCAGGCUGGUCCGAGGAAGAUAUUUUAAACUAUACCGGUCCUUCUGAAAAAGUUGUUUUAAGAUUAGCUAGAAAUUUGAGAAUGGAUUUAGGUUCAACUUAUGUUUUGUCAGAAACUGGUAUCGCUGGUCCAGUGCUACAAUUACAAGAUAAAGAAGGAAAAUCUAUCUAUUCCAAUGAUGAUAUUGGAACCGUCUUCCUUGGUAUAGCUUAUCCAGGAGGCGAAGUAUCCACUUUCAAAAAGACUACUUCAGCUGAUAGAUCUUUUAACAUGCAAGAGUUUGCUAAAGCUGGGCUGGAA